AUGCCAGAGGUCGUAGCAUCACCCGAUUUACCCGAGAAUUGCGAUGAUGAAGUAGAAAGCGUUGGAUUUGGGGAGAGCGUAGAUCUUGAAGCCGUGCGAGGCGGUGAAGCUGCGCCUGUUGAUGUAUCUAUAGGCGUCGAGCACAGGAAGCUCGAGCCAGAGGUCGCGCUAACGGUACUGUUGAGCGAUGGAGAGCUCUCAACACUUGAGACCUCUGAGGGUCCAGAACUAAAAAUCGAGCUUCACGGGUUGGAAGAGCCCAGUGAGCUCGUAAAGGUCGAUGUGAGAAUGCCGUUUGAGAAUGGUGCAGUCGACGUUAGAGCGCCAGAGCUGGUGAGAGGCACCGGUGCAGCCGAAGGAAACGACGAACGACUUUACGAAGGGAUAGUCUCACUCGAGGUAGUCCGGAAAGGCGUUAGGCUACUAAGGACGCCGCGUAUCAAUUCAUAA